CAGUUCACCCCAUCUGUGACCCCAUCAUGUUCAUCUUCUGCAACCUCGCUGCACUGAUGCUUCUACUGACUUUUCAAAGUCCAGUUCAUGCAGGGAAAAUCAUUGGAGGCCAUGAGGUUAAUCCACACAAACGGUCGUAUAUGGUGUUUUUGCGGCUGGUGAAUAAGGCUGAUGAGUUGAAAGGCUGUGGUGGAUUCCUUAUUAGAGAAGAUUUCGUGAUGACUGCAGCUCACUGCCAGGCCAAGGAUCAUGGGUCCUAUGACGUUUUUUAUGGGUUUGACAAACACAGUGAAAACCAUAAAAAAGUGUCUGUGAAGAAAGAUUUUCCACAUGAUCACUACAAUGAAAGUGAUUACACAAAUGACAUAAUGCUGCUGAAGUUGUCCCACAAUGUAAGCUCGGCCCUCCAUAUCAAACAUAUUGAGCCGGCAAAGGAGAAAAGUAGCUCACUGCCAAAUCCAUGCUCAGUCUGCGGUUGGGAACUGCGGUCAUCUACAAAAUUGCCUUCGAAACUGCUGGAAGUCAAUGUCAGACUUGUUGAAAAUCGGGAUUGUGUCAAAGAAAGUGCUUACUGCUCUGAAGGAAAAACUGGAACAAGUGGGGGAGACUCCGGAGGUCCAUUAAUCUGCAGUGGAAUGGCAUAUGGAGUGGUGUCAGCAAGCAAACCAAUCAAUGGUUCCACUCUGUAUAAGUACACAAACGUACCUGACACCACUGACUGGAUCAAUAACAUCCUGAAGGACAACUGAAACAGCAUCUAAGUCACAUAUCACCUUGAUCAAACAAUUUGACAAUAAAAACAUUUUUAGUGCAGAAGAUAAUUUGUUUUAUUUGGUUAAGUUUGUCGGUGUUAUAAUUCUGUAUUUUAUACUAAGAUCUGCUGUUCUUAAAGUGCAUGCUCUGAUCAUUGUAGUAAAUGCUGAAUGAAUAGUUAAUAGUGUAUGUCUGAGAGAAAUGUUGGCCUUAUAUUAAGUAAUUUUGAUUAUUGCUACCAAUACAAGCCUUAAGGAAAAAUAUUGCUUUGUUCAUGGUAUUUAGAUAGAAGCUUGAGCUUUUAUAGAUUGAUGUGCAUAAUUUCAAAAGAUAAACAA